GCAUGAGUAGAGCAUAUGUUCAAUGACUUGCAACAAAGGCAUUCGUGCUCUUUACAGAGUAUAUGGCCUUCUUUGUUCUUUACCUUUUCUCUAGAUAGAUUAGAGGACAGAGAUACCUCCCCUAUGCCGUACUCUUCCUCAGUUCAAUCGCUGCUCAUUCUAUAGAGAUAUCUCCGAUAAAGCCUGGCCAGUAGUUGGCUGUAAAGCAGCAGAAACACUAACUGAUUAGCCCACAAACCAUUCAUUUCCUAUGCCUCAGGGGCAUAUAUAUAGAGAGAGGAGGAGGAGGAUGAAUGGUGGUCGUAAUCGUUCUCGUUCUGUGCCAUGGCCAAAAACUGGGUGCUGGAGAUCCAUGACCAGCUCGAGAGCGUCGAACCAGCAGCAGAGACAGGUCAAUGGAGUAACCGAUCCAUAUACAAGGUUCCUGCUUGCAUCAAGGACUUGAACCGCAUGGCCUACAAGCCGCAGGUCGUCUCCUUCGGGCCGUACCACCACGGGGACCCCGACGUCUGGCCCAUGGAGGAGCACAAGCACAGAGCGCUCCUCCACUUCCUCAGGAGGGCGAACAAGCGGCUCGACGAGUUCGUGGCGGCGAUGGGGGAGGUGGUGCAGCAAUUGCAGGACGCGUAUCAGGGCCUCGACGAUCCAUGGAGGGAGAAGGACCGGUUCCUGCAGCUGAUGAUCCUCGACGGCUGCUUCAUGCUCGAGAUAAUGCGCGUCGCCACCGGCGCCUCCAGUGACUACGCCUACAACGACCCCAUCUUUAGCAGCCAUGGGAUGCUGUAUACCGUCCCCUACAUCAAGCGAGACAUGCUGAUGAUCGAGAACCAACUGCCCCUGCUGGCCUUGGACACGCUCGUCUCUGUCGAGAGCAGCAAACCCAAGCUCGAAGACACUAUAAACAAGCUGGUGCUCAAGUUCUGCGCGUCAGGUAAUGGCCGACCGUCCACGGCGAGCAUGGCCCUGGGCCUCCACCCCCUCGACGUUUUCCGGAAGAGCCUGCUAUACGACCCAACGCACCGCUCGCCGCCGGUCACGCCGGAUCGGGACGGCUCCAGCGAGAUCGUCCGGUCUGCGGUGGAGCUGUACGAGGCCGGGAUCCGGUUCAAGAAGAGCAAGACCAACAGCCUGCGGGACAUCAGCUUCCACCACGGGGUGCUCAGGCUGCCGGUGAUCGUGGUGGACGACGCCACCGAGUACAUGUUCCUCAACCUCAUGGCCUUCGAGCGGCUGCACUGCGGCGCGGGCAACGAGAUCACCUCCUACGUCUUCUUCAUGGACAACAUCAUCGACUCGGCCAAGGACGUCAGCCUUCUGCACGCCAAGGAGAUCAUCCAGAACGCGGUGGGGAGCGACAAGGCGGUGGCGAAGCUGUUCAACCGGCUGUCCAAGGACGUGGUGCUGGACCCGGAGAGCACCCUCGACGAUGUCCACCGCAAGGUCAACAACUACUGCCGCAAGGACAUCAACAUGUGGCGGGCCAACCUCAUCCACACCUACUUCCGGAGCCCCUGGGCGGUCCUCUCGCUUGCCGCCGCCAUUUUCCUGUUGGUCCUCACCGUGCUACAGACCGUGUACACCAUCAUCCCCUUCUACACAGACAAUGGCGGCGACGCUCCCUCCCCACAGUAAUCUCGGGUUAAAGCUUGUGAUUGUGCUUGGUUUGUUUGAUUACUUUCUUUCCUAUCUUUGGUCGGCGUGUUGAGUGUUUAAGGUUGAUAUCUCGAUCAGAUCGUUGAUCGAUGUAAUCGUGUUUCCCGGCUCCAUGGAAAGUUUGACAUGUUCUUCCCAUAAUA